AUGGAGAUCAUCACUACAACAGAUAUGGCCAUGACGGUGCAACCUACUAUAUUUCCACGUGUGGGCUACAGCAUACUUUCAUACCUCAUGUUUAUAAACACAUUAUUUUCUGUGUUUAAUAACUUGUUGGUGAUUGCAGUGAUGCUUAAGAACCUGCAUUUUCUCAAUGCGAUGAACGUCAUCAUUCUCAGUCUGGCUGUGUCAGAUCUUAUGAUUGCCACCUGCGGCUCUGCCAUCGUCACCAUCACAAAUUACCAAGGAUCUUUCUUUUUAGGGGAUGCGUUCUGUGUUUUUCAAGGUUUUGCUGUGAACUAUUUUGGGCUGGUGUCUUUGUGCACUCUCACACUACUGGCAUACGAGCGGUACAACGUGGUCUGCAAACCCAUGGCAGGCUUCAAGCUGAACGUCUGCAGGAGCUGCCAGGGUCUGCUGUUUGUCUGGCUCUAUUGCCUCUUCUGGGCUGUUGCUCCACUGCUGGGCUGGAGCUCGUACGGGCCGGAGGGCGUCCAGACGUCCUGCUCAUUAGGCUGGGAGGUGAGAUCCUGGAGCAACUACAGCUACCUCAUCUUCUACACGCUCAUGUGCUUCAUAUUGCCCUCCGCUGUCAUCGUGUACUGCUACAGCAACGUCCUCGUGUCCAUGAGGAAGAUCAACAAAAGCAUUGAACUUCAAGGGGGGAAAAACUGCCUGGAGGACAAUGAACACAUGGUACGGAUGGUCCUGGCCAUGAUCAUCACCUUCUUCAUCUGCUGGUUGCCUUAUACCGCCAUCUCUGUGGUUGUAGUUGUGGAUCCAGAGAUCUACAUCCCACCUCUGGUGGCCACCAUGCCAAUGUACUUUGCCAAAACCAGCCCCGUCUACAAUCCCAUCAUCUACUUCCUUACUAACAAACGGUUACGAGGUCGAUACGUCCCUCGUAACACUGGUGGUAUAAUGAUGUGCUCAACCCAGAGGAGCCAAAGCAGGAUUAAUCCAGUGUGAUCU